UGCAAAUAUUCCAACAGCUCGAGCAAAAGCAUUGCUUUAAAAUGAAAACAAAUACUUUAUACAUAGCUGGACUGGAUCCAAGUAUUGAUGAGGCUACAUUGCAAGCAGAAUUCGAAAAGCAUGCUGUUAUAGAACGAGUGACUGUCAUCAAGGAUAAAGUAACUAGGGAGUCAAAAGGUUUUGCAUAUGUAAUGUGUGCCAGUCAUAAAGAUGCAACAGACGCAAUGAAAGAGAUGGAUGGGAGGAUAAUUGCUGACAAACCAAUUAAAGUAAAAUACUCGACUAGUGAAACACCUGAUUGGUUAAAUGUUCUUCAAGAUCGAGGUGCUGGAGCUACUGGAGUUUCACCUGGUAGAGGAGGUCCGUUGAGAGGCAGAGGUGCUUUUCCAACUAGAGGUUCUCCUAGGGGAAAUGGUUUAUCUAGGGGAGGAGGGUUUUCCAGAGGUGGUGGAUUUUCUAUGAUUAAUGCUGGACCUCCUCCAAGAGGUGCAGGUAUGUCUGGUAGAGGUGCUCCAAUGAGAGGAGGUCCUCCAAAUUUACGAGGUAAUGCAGGAAUGCAACAUGGAUUUGGUGAGAGAAGGUUUGAUUCACCCAGAGGACCUCCUCCUUUCCUUGAUUCUCCAGAUCCAAGAUCAAUGCGUCGUCCUGGGCUUCCAAUGGGAGAAUUAGAACCUCCUAGUAAAGUUCCACGAAGUGGGGACUCGUUUAGAAUGAUUGAUGAUCGCCAUCCACCUAUGCGUCAACCAUUUGGUGAGCAGGCUCCACCAAGACAACCUUUAGAUACCUACGCACUUGGUCCUCGAAGAGAUGACAGAGGAAGUUAUAUGGAAGCACCGAGAGAAUCAUUUGCUCGUGAUCCUUAUAUUGAUAGAACCAGGGAGUCUUAUGAAGCGCCAAGAGAUGUGUAUGCUCCUAGAGAUUUGUAUGCUCGGUCUGCUGCUCCUGUUGAUAGAAGUUUAUUUAAUGAGAGACCAGCAGCUGUUAGUGGGGCGUACAGUUCCCCAGCAUAUGAUAGAUAUGCUCCCUCCCAAGUUUCACGAGAUCGAGAUCCAUACGCUUCUCCAAGAGAUCCAUAUGCUGCUCCUAGGGAUCCUUAUGCCGCAAUUGCAUCUCGAUCUGCUGAAGAUACCUUUUCAAGAACCCCACAGCGUGAUACAUUUAGAAAUGGAAGAGGUUCUCCUCCCUCAGUUAGAGGUGGUUUUGAACUAGGAAGGAGAGGGUUUGAGCCAGCACCAAGUAGUUAUGUUGAUUCUGCUAGAGAUUCUUUUGCUCAAGAACCUAAAGCUGUUAUUAGAGGAACCGAAAGAUGGUCUGGUGAUCCUUAUUCUGGUUAUUAAACAAUGGAACAGUUAAUAAUGAAGAAUUUCAUCCAACGUUAAAAGAAUGAUGAGUAAUGAACAAUAGAAAUUUUUUAAAAUUGCGGAGAUUGUACUUUUUCUAGUACUUAAAUAUAUGUUUGAAGCUCUUA